AUGAAGCCUGCAUACCUUUUUCUUGGCCCCAUGGCCCUCCUCCUUCUGGCUGGUUGCAGCUGUGUCUUCAGCACCUCCAGCAGAAACCUACACACCUUUGUGGGCUGUGCUGUAAGGGAGUUUACCUUCGUGGCCAAGAAGACGGGCUGUAGAGGCUUGCGGAUCACCACCGAUGCAUGCUGGGGCCGCUGUGAGACUUGGGAGAAGCCCAUUCUGGAACCCCCCUACAUUGAAGCCCAUCAUCGAGUCUGUACCUACAAUGAGACCAAGCAGGUGACCAUCAAGCUGCCCAACUGUGCUCCUGGAGUUGACCCCUUCUACACCUACCCCGUGGCUGUCCGCUGUGACUGCGGAGCCUGCCCUACUGCCACCACCGAGUGUGAGACAAUUUGA